AUGAUAAAGAAGAGCGAGGAAUCUAAACGUUUGUUGAGGAAGAAAUUAAAUAAUGACAUAACUAAUAUAUUAUUACUAUUUGAGAAGGUGCAGGAAUGGGCUGAUUUAAGUAAUAUAUUACAGAAGUUAUAUUUGACAAUUGAGAAAUAUGAAUUAUUUGUAGAUGUAUCAUCAAAAUUUUUAUUAUUUCGUAGAUUAUCACAAUGUUUGAAUCCUUUAUUACCAUCAGGAGUCCAUUCGAAAGCUUUGAUAAUAUAUUCUUCUAUUUUUAAAAAGGUGGAGAUGGAUUUUUUUAUAAAUAAUAUUCAUAUAUUAUGUUCAGGCAUAUUUGAAUUUAUGCUACAUUGUACUAUAAAUUUGAAGACAAUAUAUUUUAAGAAUAUAAAGAGUAUAUUACGUUUAAAAGAAAAUGUAUAUAUAUUUGCAUAUGCAUUAUUAUUAUCAUUAUUUAACGUGGUUGAUAGUGAUAAUAAUAUAUUGUUAUAUAUUUAUUCUAUAAAUAAUUAUAUUGGUGAAAAUAUAUUUUUUAAUAAUAUAUGGUUAUUAUUAUUAAGACAUCCUGAAAUCAGAACAAAUAUUUUAAAUUUUUUAGAAGCAUCUUUUAGCCCACAAAUAUAUUUAUUAUCAAAAGAAAGAAUUAAAAAACUUCUUCCAUAUAAAGAUCAUUUAGUAUUAUCAUCUAUUAUAUAUUGUUUAAAUGAUAAAAAUAUAUUAAAUCAAAGAAUAACAUUAAGCUUAUUAAUAAAUAAUUUCCCUUUAUCAUAUGUACCAAAUAAAAAAAAUAAUAAAAAAAAAAUUAUUGAUAAAAAUAAAAGUAAUGAUUAUCAUAUUGAUAAGACUCCUUAUUCUCCUUUCAAUGCAAGUACAUCAUCAGUCCUAUUAAAUAAUAGUAAUAUGGAUAGUAUGAAUGAUAAUAGAAUAAAUCCAAAUAAUAUAAAUAAUAAUAAAACUAAUAAUAUUCAAAUAAAUAAUGAUUAUAUGUUUGGUGAUAUGAUGAAUAAACAAAAUGAUAGGGCACUCAUACAAUCUAAUAAAAUGUUAAACCGUCAUAAUAUUAUAGGAGAAGAUCAUAUGGAUGAUGAUUUAUUAUCUUCAUUUCAAGAUGAUAACAGUGAAAAAAAAAAUAAUAAUUUCAUGUUAUUAAAUGAAAAUAAUAAAAUAUCAAGUUCGAAGGAACAUUUAGAUAAUAUGCACAAUCGUAUUAUUAAAAGUCAUGACGAUAUUAUGGAUUCGAAACAAAAUAAAAUGAACCUUUCUAAUGAUGAAAAAAAUCAUUGGAACAAUUUAAAUAAUAAAGAUCCUAAUUAUGAGGAUAAAAAUAUAUAUGGAGAAAAACAUGUAGGAUUGAAAUCUGAUUAUGGACCACUUUCAUAUGAAGAAAGUAUGCAAAGGAAAUUACAUAACAAUAAUCAUAAUAAUAAUAAUAAUUUGAAAUAUCAAGGAAGUGUAGAUUAUGAUGAACAUGAUAUAAGUAUGUCCACAGAAAAUGAAAAAUAUGGACAAGUAAGAAAUGAAAAUAUGAAAGAUGUUUUUAUAAUGUCUAAAGGCAAAAUGAUGAGAAAAGGAUAUGAAGAAAAUGGUCAUCAUAUUAAUAUAAAUGAUGAUGAUAAUUUGAAUUAUGAUGAAAAUGACGAUGACGACGAAUAUGACAAUUAUCAUAAAAAUAAUUAUAAUGAUGAAAAUUAUUUUAAUGAAUAUGAUGAAGAUGAUCAAUAUGAUAAUAAUCAUAAUAAUGAUAGUAAUAAUAGUAUGCUUCAUUUAGGAGGUGCUAAUAGAAAUAGAAGAAAACAAUUAAAAAAAAAAUUAAGUAACACAGGAGAUAUAAAUAAUUAUCAAGAUGAUGAUGAUGAUAAUAAUAACAACAAUAAUAACAAUAAUAAUAAUAAUAAUAGUAUCCUAUUUAGUGACACUAGUAAAAAAUUGAUUGCUAGAAAUGUAAUAUUUUUAUUAAAAAAAUCAGAUAUAAGUUUGAAUAGAAGAAUUUUUAAAUAUUUGUAUUUAUAUGAAAGUAAUGAUGAAAAGAAUUUUAAAGAUAAAGAAAUAAAUUUUGAAAACUAUAAAAUAUAUUGUGAAACUAUAAUUGAUAUAUUAGAAAACAAAACUGAUGAUGAUUAUAAUAGUAUAGCUGAAGUUAUAUAUAUAUUAUUUAAGAAUAAAGAUUAUAUUAAUAUAAAUAGAUAUAUUAUGGAACAAGCAUUUUUAUAUUUAUUAAAUUUUUGUUAUAAAAAUAGAGAAAAUACAUCUAUAAAAACAUUUUUAAAGAAUAUGUUAAAUUUAAAUUUAAUAAGUUAUGAAAAUAUAUUAAAUAUCUUUUUAUAUACAUUUUAUUAUUUAAGAAGAAAUGAUAAUUUAUUUGUACAUUAUACAAAUAUAUAUAUAAAGAAAUAUAUUAACUUAUUAAAUAUUAUGACUUUUUUUGUUGAAUUUAUAAAACAAAUGAAUAAAUAUAUAUAUAUCCAAUUUUUAUUUCAUUUUAAUUUAGCUACUUUAAAAUUAAUGAAUUUUUUGAAUUUGAAGAUAAUAAAUAUAAUAAAAAAAUAUAGCCAUGUAAAAGAUUUAAAUGAAAAAUAUUUUAUAGAUUCAAAUGAUGUCGUAUCAGGAAGACAUAGUACAUUAUAUUAUUUUUAUUUCUUUGUUACACAUUAUAAUAAUUAUUAUUUGAAUAAAUGUUUAACUAUUAUUGUAAAGGAUAUAUUACCACAAAAUAAUGUAAAUCGAAAAAUGAUGAAUUAUCAAUCUCAUUAUUAUGCUAAUAAUAAUAAGCAUAUGUUAUAUAUGAAUACACACGAUGUUCAUGGUACUCGGAUGGAAGAAUAUUCAAAUAAAAUACAAAAAAUUGGAUUUAAAAAUGAAAUAGUUGACAGAAAAAAUAAAUAUGAUAAUAAUGAAUAUAGUGAAAAUGAAAUUAAAAUGAGAACGGUUGAUAAUUCUAUGAAUUAUAUAAAGAGGAAGGUAAAAAAGAAGAAUAUGGAAAGUAAGGAUAGUAGUAAUAGUAUGAGUAAUAUGGAGAUUAAUGCAAGUGUCACGAUGUCAAAUCGUGUUAACAAUAUGGAUAGUAUGCAACAUGUUCAAUAUGAUGGCAUGUCUAGCAUGGACCACAUGAACAACAAAAUGAAUGACAACAACAACAACAACAAUAAUAAUAAUAAUAAUAAUAAUAAUAAUAGUGUGAAUUAUUUUUUUGAUGGUAAUAAUGUAAACUUUGAAAAUAAUAACAAACUUUAUUUCGAAAAGGGUUAUAAUAAUAACUAUUCAAGAAUUGAAAAUGAUGAAUCAUUUCAUAAUAUUCUUAUGAAAUAUAAAUAUAAAUUAAAACAGAAUUUAAUUGAUGCUAUUAUUAAGAAUCACGAAUUAUAUUUCUUUACAAAUAAUUAUGAAUAUAUUAUUUUUUUAUUUUAUAAUUAUCAUUUAUUAAUAGAAAAAGAAAAAUUAGAUAAGAGUUGUUUUUAUUUUUUAAAAAAUAUACUAAAUAAUUGUACUUGUGAAAAUAAGAAUAAAUUUUAUUUUUGGUGUUUCUUAUUUUUACAUAUAAUACGUAUUAAUUUUAAUAAAUCCUUGUUAAAGAAUUAUAAAAUUAAAGAAGAUGGUAAUGAAACUGACGACGAUGAUGAUGAUGAUGACGACGAGGAUGAUGAGGACGAAUUGGAAGAUGAAGAGGAAGAGGAUGAAGAAGAUUUAGAUGUGGAUGAAUUAAAAAAUGUGUCAUCAAAAAAAGGGAAAAAGAAAAAGAAGAAAAAUAUACGUAAAAAUAAAUUGAUGAAUAAGAAAUAUGGUAGAAGAGGUAGUAAUAAAUAUUAUUAUUAUUUAACAAGUGAUAAAGAGAUAAUGUUACAUGGUGGUAUGAUGGGUGUUGUAAAUGAUAGUGACAUGGAACAUGAUGAAGAAGAUAAUAUAGAUGUAGAUGAUGAAGAUGAACACAUGUUCAGUUAUAAUAAACAUAAGAUUAGAAAUAAGAAUUUUGGUGAAUUAAAUAAAAUGAAAUAUAUGAAUGAAGAUAUAACAAAUAACAAUAAUAAUAAUAAUAUGAAUAAUAAUAUGAAUAGUAUGAAUAAUACUAAUAAUAUGAAUAAUAAUAUGAAUAGUAUGAAUAAUUGUAAUAAUAAAUAUCGUAAUUAUUUUAGAAGUUCUGAAGAAGAAUUAUUAUUUAAUAAAAGAUUUGUGGAGUUUUUAUUACCAUAUUCAAAUAAUAUAGCAAAAUAUAUUUUCCAGUAUAUAAAAAUAUUGAAGAAAAAUAAAAAGUUUAUAAAAUUAUUUUUUGAUAUAAAUUAUUUAUAUUUUUUCUGUGAUAAUAUGUUUUGUUUAAAGAUUUUAAAGAAAAGUUUAAAAUGUAAAGAUAAUCAUGAGUUGACUAUAAAUGUAAAGGUGAUAUUAGAAUAUAUAAUUAAUAGUAAGACAAAUGAAUAUCAUAUAAUUCAUUCAAAUUUUUAUAAUCUAACACAUGAUGUAUUUAAGUUAUAUAGUAGACGUAAUAAUUUGAUAAAUUAUUAUUUAAUAAAAUAUAUAAUGCGAAAUAAGGAAAACUUGUCUUAUAUAUUUGAUAAUAUAAUUAUAAGUAUGUUUGAUUUGAUAAUACAAAUAGAAAAUUUGUAUAACCAAAUUGAAAUGAUGAAAAAUGAUUUCUCAUAUAGUGUGGUUAAAAAUAAUGGAAACGUGUAUGAUAAUAAUGCUAUGGUUGAAGCGAUAGACCAAAGAAAAUCCCAGUAUGUAUCUUUGAAGGAUAAUAUGAAUAACAUCAACAUAAAUAAUAACACAAUUAAUAACACACAUAAUAACACACAUAACAACAACAAUAAUAAUAAUAAUAAUAAUAAUAAUUGUAACAAUAAUUUUGUUAAUAACAAUUUAUAUGUAAGUGAAAAUGCUAGAGAAAACAAUUACAUGAAUUUAAUAAAUACUUAUGAGAAAUAUCUUAAAAAGCUAAAAUGCAAAUUUGAUUAUAUUAGCUAUUUCUUUUUAAAUAUGGAGAAUUUUAUGCUUUGGCUAUACAAACAUAAGAUCAGUAAAAAAAUAUAUCAUUCACGUAAUAAAAUGACAUUAACAAAUUAUGAGAAAAAUAUGGCCAUAAUUAUUUGUUAUAUAUGUACAGAAGGUAAUAUAAAUUCUUUCUUUUUUCGAAAUUAUUUAGAUGUGUUUUUUAUAUUAUUUUUAAAAAUAAUAUAUUUGAAUGAAAAUAUUAGCGAAUUAAAUAAUAGUGCAAAUAAUAUAAUACAAAAAGAAAAGAAUAAUUUAAAACAUAAUUCCUUGUUGGAAUUUAAAAGAGAUACAUUAAGUAUGUUAAAUAAUAUAUUCAAUAUGAAUCAUAAUAAAAAGUUUGAAUAUAUGAAAAUUUUAAAUUUAUAUUAUAGACAAAUUAUACAUCAUUUAUUAUUUUUAUAUUAUUAUUUUACUGUUAAGAAAUAUUAUGUAUUACAAUUACAACUAGUACAUUUUAUAAGAUAUAUUUUACCAUUAUAUGAAAAGAAUAUUGAUAAGAAAUUUUUAACAAAUGAAAAUACAGAGAAAGAUAAAGUUUUUAAACGUAUGAAAUAUAAUAAUUAUGAAGAAUUUAUUAGUGCUAGUAAAUAUCAUUUUGAAAUUAUAAAUAGAAAUAAUUAUAAUAUGAAAAAUGAUGUCUUUAUUUUUAGUAUAUUAAGAAAAUCUAUGACCAUCAUUUUUAAUUUAAAUGAACAAGUUUUAUAUAAAGAAGUUUUAAAAACUAUAAUUGAUUUAAUAGAAAAUAUUAUUGAUGAAAAAGAAGUAAAAAAUUAUUAUCUAACCGUUUUCUUUUUAGAUUUAUUAUAUAUUAUUAAAAUGGAAGAUCAAAAAAAAAAGAAAAAUAUUUUUUUUAUUAUGAAAUUUUGUCAAUUCUUGAUAGAAAUAUUUAAAUUAAUAUAUAGAGAUGAAAUGAAAAAUGAAUUAAAAUGUGAUAAAAAAUAUCAAGAUGAUAAUAUUACAAUUGAUAUUAUAGAAAAUGCUUUAAGUAAUAAUAAAAUGUCUACAGCUAGUUUUUGUACCAUUUUUUCUAUAAAAACAGAUGAUAAAUUUGUAAAUGUGCAGCAUAAAAAUAUAUCCAACUUGUUCUCUGUAAUAUUUAAUUUAUAUGCAUUUCUAAAGAAAAAAAUUAAAUUAUAUUACAAGCAUAAUAAGCACUUGAUUAAUAAUGACGACAAGAAUAAUGUAACGAAUAAUAAUAGUUAUAUAUAUUAUGAUAAUAAUAGUAAUCUAUGUAAUAAUAAUAAUAGUAACAUAUACAACAACAAUAAUAAUAAUAGUAACAUAUAUAACAACAAUAAUAAUAAUAAUAAUGAAAGUAAUGCUUUUAACGAUAAUAUAUCGAACAUUAAUAAUAUGAAUAAUAUGAAUAAUAUGAAUAACAUGAAUAAUAUGAAUAAUAUGAAUAAUAUGAAUAAUAUGAAUAAUAUGAAUAAUAUCAAUAAUAUGAAUAAUAUGAAUAAUAUGAAUAAUAUCAACAAUAUCAACAAUAUGAAUAAUAUGAACAAUAUCAAUAGUGUAAAUGAUAUGUAUCAGGUAUCCCAACAAACAAACAAUAAUAUUAGAUUUAAUGAUGCGUCUUCAAGUGUGGCCAGGGGAAAUAACAUUAAUUCAAAUGAAAAUAUUAAUCAAAAUGAUAUAAAUAAUAGUAGUAAUUUUAAUUAUAAUCGUGGAUUGAAUAAUAUGAAUGCAGAUAUAAAUAAUGUGACAGGAGGGAACUUUAAGAAUCCAAACUCUUACAAUAAUAAUAAUAAUAUUAAUUCGUUUUAUUCACAUAAUAGUAGUGAUUUCAAUAAGGAUAAUGAUAAUAUGAGAAAUAAUGUAAAUAACUCCAAUAAUAAUUUUCUUAAUAAUAAUAAUAGUAAGCAAGAUAUACAGAUAAUGAAUAGAAAUAAUGACCCAAGUGGAAAUGUGAAUAACAUUGAUAACAGCAGUACGUAUAGUUAUAUGAAUAAUGUAAAUAAUGAUAUAUCUAUGAGACUUACAAAUAUGAAUAAUAAUAAUAAUAAUAAUAAUAUUUUUGCAUAUAAUAAAAAUAAUCAAAAUGUGAUGGUCAAUAAUAUAAACAAUCAAGAUAAAUCAGAUCAUCAUAAUAAUAAUCAUCAAUAUAUGUAUAAAGAAAAUGAUGUGAACCAAUUUGGCAACAGUAAUUAUAAUAACAUGGAUAAUUCAAAUAAUAAGUUUUUUAAUAAUUAUAAUUAUGGUAAGAAUGUGGAAGCACAUGCUAUAUAUGAUAAUAAUAAUAAUAAUAAUAGUGGACAUGUGAAUAUAAAUUCGGGUCAAGAAGAAAAUAAUGUAAUGCCAAGAAAUAAUAUAAUGUUCAAUCCUAAUGUGAACAAUAAUGAAUACUACUUUUCUCAAAAGGAUGAAAAUAAUAUGGGCAAUAUGAAUAAUAUGAAUAAUAAUAAUAAUCACAAUAUUAAUCAUAACAAUAUUUAUAGUGAGGACUUAAAAACAAAUGAGGGAUAUAAUAGGAGAGAAAAAAUGGGCGAUGUUAAUGGUGUUUAUAAUACAAAUUAUUAUGAUGAUAAAAAUAAUUUAAUAAAAAAUGAACAAAAGAAUAACUAUGGAUUUUGUAAUAAUCAUGAAAAUACAUUUAUAUAUAAUUGUAAAAAUCGUAUGAAUAGAAAUAAUUAUGCUUUUAAUAUGGGUUCUAAAAAGAAUAAGAAGAUUAUGUUAUUAAAAGUUUGUUUAAGCAAUAUCAUAUCUAUUAAUAAAUUAUUAUAUUUUAUAACUAGGCCAGAGUUUUUGUUUAUUGACAAUUUGUAUAGUAUAUUCAAAGAUUAUAUAAAAAAUAGAAAUGAGUAUAAUAAAGAAAGAUUAAAUAAAUCAGAUUAUUAUUAUGAGCAGAGAGAGAAAUUAUAUAAGGAGCACAGAAGGAAGAUGAAUAGACAAAAUAUAAGAACAGAUAAUAACAACAACAAUAAUAAUAAUAAUAAUAAUGAUAAUAACAACAACAAUAAUAAUAAUAAUAAUAAUAAUAAUAGUAGUAAUAGUAACAUAUAUAAUAACAAUAAUAAUAAUAAUAAUUAUUAUUAUAGUAGUAGUGUUAAUAAAGUCAGCUUUGAUGAUGAUGAAAAAAUCGAAGUAGAAAGUUUUUUAGACAAUAACGGUAUUGUCGGAGGUAAUAAAAAAAUCAAAAGAGAAAAGAUACGUGAAUAUUUUAAGAAAGAAAAGAAUUUAUUAAAAAAAUUGAAUUUUAUGUCAAAGUUUAAUAAGAAUACUAUAAAGAAGAGUAUGAUAGUUAUGAAUAAUUCAGAUGAAUGUAUAGAAAAAAAGAAAUUAUCUUUUUCUUUAACUUUAUUAACAGAAUUUGAUGAUGUUAUAUUAAUAAAGAUUAUAGAUGAUUUAUUAAAUUAUUAUGAGAAAUAUAAAAGUAAAAUAAAUUUGAAUGAAUUUAUGUAUUUCUUAUUUAAUAUAUAUUUAAAUAUAUGUACAUUAACGAAAAGAAUUAUAAAUCAUUUUAUAGAUUUUAUAUUUUCUUUUAUAAAAAAAAUUACACAAACAUCACAAAAUAUUAUGAGUAGUUUAUGGUUUUUAUAUAUAUUAUUUAUUAUAGAAAAUAAUCAUAUAUAUGUAUUUAAUGAUAAAUUACAAAAGAAAAUAAUAGUAGAACAGAUUAGUAUAUUAAUUCAAAUAUCUUUAUAUAGUUAUUAUUCUAAAAAUGUAAAAAAUAAUUAUAAUAUACAAACACCUUUACCAAAUUUUGUUCAACCAUUUAAUAUAUAUUAUAUUAUUCAGAAUUAUUUUAUAAAUAAUAAUUAUUUUCAUAUAAAAAAAUAUAAUAAAAACAUUAGAUAUUUUUAUAUAAAAAAUAUAAAAUUAAUAGAAAAAAAUUUUAAUAUUCAUGAUUAUUCAGAAAUAGCAGCUAUAAAUGCAUUAUCCUUUUUACUUAUGUGUUUUUAUCAUACAGUCAAUUAUAAUGGUAGCAAUAAAAGUUAUAUAUGUGAAUCAUCUGUUAAUAUUUUUUAUGAACAUUUUAGUAAAUAUAUAUCUUUAAUAUAUAAUAAUAGUUUACAAAAUAUAUUUUAUAGAUAUGUAUUUUUAUUAAUAAAUCUAUUAAUAGAUUAUAAUGCUAAUUCCAAAUAUUAUAUAAAAAAAAUUACAUUCGAUUUAUAUUCUUAUAUAACCAAUGUAGAUAUUAGAUGUAUUAAAGCUUUAUCAACAUUAUUUAAGAAGCUUAAUGAAACAAAUAUAGAUGAAUUAUUACUAGUACCUACAAGCAGUAUUUUUUCUUUAAAAUUUAAUAUUAUUAAUUCUAGGAUCAAUUAUAUUAAUAAAUUAUCACUUAUUAUACUAGCUGGAAAUCGAAAUUUUUAUUUAUGUCAUUUGCCAAAAAUUGCAGAAAAUAUUUCUGAAUAUAUUAAAUUCUGUAACGAUUUGAAAUUAUAUAGAGAAAUAUUAAUAUUAAUAUGUAUUAUUAUUAUAAAAAAUGAUGAGAAUGAAAUAUAUAUUAUCAUUCCUACUUUCAUUUCUUUAAUAUUACAAAUAUAUCAUGUUGAAAGGAUAAAAUACAAAAUGGCUGUUGAGAAUAUUCAAAAUAUUGAUAAAGAGGAUGAUAAUUAUAUAUAUGAUUUCAAUUCAUAUAAUAAUAAAGAUGUUCUUUCCUUAUUAAAAACAUUAUUAAUCAUAAUAAAUAUAUUAAUUAAAAGAAAUGUGAGUUUUAUUAAUUUCUAUUCUUGGAUAUUUUUUAAAGAUAUUUCUAUAAAAAAAAAUCGUCUUGAAGAAAAUAAUAAACAACAAGAUAAUCUUAUGAUAUAUUAUCCUGGACAAAAAACAUUGGAAUAUAAUAACAAGAAGAAAACCAAGAAGCAUAAUGUAGCACGUUAUGUUAGUUCAUCUAGUGAUAAGGAUGAAAGUAGUGCAUAUAAUAUUUCUGUGGAUGAAGAAAAUUCUUUAAAAACACAAGGAAGGUUCUUUGAUGAUACUUAUUAUAAAAGAAAAGAUAAUUCAGCAUAUGCUAAUAAAAUGAAAAAUUUUAAUACCAUGUCAUAUGAAGAUAAAUCUUUAUCAAUGACAGGUAACAUAAAUAGUAGUAAGGAUGUUGGAUGUAUGGUAAAUAAUGCAAUACGACAAAACGUAGAACAAAAUAAUAUCUUAAACCAUAAUCAAAUGAAUAAUAAUAAAAAUAAUAAUAAUAAUAUGUAUAAUUUUAAUGAACGUUCUAAUGAUUUUACAAGUAAUAUGAAUCAACAAAAUGUUAUGAAUAAUAAUAAAAAGAAAAAAGCUUUAACUACAGAUGAUUAUUUUGUGAAUUAUGAUGAAAAUCAAAACAUUACAGAACAAACAAAAUUAAAUCAUGAUAAUCAAGAUAGUGUAGAUGAUGUAAUAACUGUAUAUUUGAAUUCUAAUCAAGAAGAUUAUUUAUAUGAAAGCAAAAAUAAUUUUACGUCUGUCAGAUCAGAUAACAUUUCAUCAAUGGUAGAUAUAAAAAAGGGAAUUAUAUUAAACAAUACUAAUAUGAUAACAAAUGAUAACAAUUUAAAUAAUAAUAUAAAUAAUAAUAAUAUAAAUAAUAAUAUUCAUAGUAAUAGUGUUGGAACAAGCAUCAAAUUAGAUGAAAGUAAAUUCGUGCCCUUCCUUGAUAUUAUCGAAAGAAUAUACUCAUCGAAUAAUUUAAUAAAUAAAAAAUAUAUAUCCUCUGAAGAAUUAAAAAAUGAAAAAAGUAAUAGAACAUAUAAUAGUAGUUUACAAGAAGGUAGUGAAUAUGAUGAAGGUGAAGAAGAAGAAUAUGAUGUUGAUGUUGAUGAUGAUGUUGAUAUAGUAGAUGUAGAUGUUGAAGAUGUGAUUGUAGAUUAUAAUUAUUAUGAUAAUGAAAAUAAUUCUGUUAAAAUUAUUGAUGAUGAUGAAAGAAAAAGAAGUGUACAUUUUUAUCCACAACAAAUUGAUGGAAAUACAUUAAAAAGAAAUUUAUAUUAUAAUGAUAAUUAUUUAAGAGAAUAUAUAUUAAGUACAAAAAAUGAAUUAUCUGGAUAUUCAUCUUUUGAAAAUAAUCUUAGUAGUUCUUCAGUUAAUUCUAUAAAGAGUAAUUUUUCAAAUACAUUUUCAAAGGAUAAUAUAAAUAAAAAUAUUAUAACAGAUGAUACAUCAGAUGAUAAUGAUAUGAUGAAUAGUAAUAAUAGUAUGAAUAAUAUGAUGGUACCUUAUAAUAUGCAUAUGACUGAUGAUGAGUUUCAAGAAAACAUAAACAAUAAUAACAAUAAUAAUAAUAUGUAUCUCUCAUCAGAUGAUGGUUAUCCUAGCCAAAGUAAUCACAAAUGGAUACAUUUUAAUAGCCUAUUAAAUUAUGACUUACAUGAAUUAAAUAGGAAAAAAAAGAAAAAGAAAAAAAAAAUAUCUAUACACUCUUGUAAAAAUUUACCACUCGUAUUAGUUUAUUUAUCCAAAAAAAUUAAAUUAAAUUUCUAUAAAUAUUCGAUGAAAAAAUCGAAAGAAGAAACAAUCAUCUUAUUAAAAGAAUUAAAUUCUGUAGAAAAUGAUAUUAACGAUUUAUUUUUAGAAGUAGACUUAAAUGAAGUAUAUUACGAUUUUUUGAUUAGAUAA